CUGCAUCUCAGCCGGUAGAGCUGCCUGAAAACCACACAUCGUGAGUGGGUCAUUCAUUCAUAGCCUCCUGGACUCCAAUACCCUCAACCCCGAUCUAAUGGUGAAUUGACUUUAUAGUAGCACAUGACAACAGGCACUGCUGUUGAUCUACUGUAUUCUACAAAUAAAGAAGGCUGAACUGAAUGAUAACCGAACCACCUUGCUGACGGUAAACUACUGUAUUAUGUUCCUCUAGCCAGAAAAUGCUUGUUAGUGUAUUCUUUCUACCAGUGUAACAGUGCUGUAAUGAACUCAUGUCAACAUUCCAAAAUUCAAGAUAGACCAACACAUCUCAAAGGUGAAAAAUGGUUAUACAUAUUCAAUGUUGGUCCUGAAGGUCUACUGCAGCUGCUGGUUUCCAUGCAAUCCCUCCGAUCAGUGACUGAUUCAGAUCUGGGACCAAAUACUAUUUGAAAUAAUUUCAAAUACUUUAGCUGUGCUUCAUUGAGCUUCCCUGUUGCAAACUCCACCCACAUAGCAACCCAGGCAGGCUGAAGCAAACGCUUAAAGAACGGAAAAGAUUUCAAAUAGUAUYUGAACCCAGGUUUCCAUGGUACAUCAGCUGAUUUAACUAUCUUGUCAGUCAAUUAUAUGUACAAUUCAGCAGAUGUUUGGGUGAGCGAUUAGCAUUUUGGCUGCUUGUUUAUGUUUAACUCCUGGAGAAGAGGUUUUGGUAAUUAGUACUCUCAAUAAUUAAAUCAUGAUGCCUUUGUCGUUUUAAUUUGAGGGUGGAUAUUGGGAGUUAUGGCGCCAUGUAUCUGAAUCCCCUGGUAAUCUGGCUAGUUGGCACCGAGAAGUGAGGUGUUGGAGGCUGUAGCUCAGCCUCUUGGCCAUGGAGACAGGUGGGCCUCCUGUUGCACCAGGCCAGCCUGGCCAACCCGGUCAGCCAGGCCCGGUGCUGGGGCUUCGGAGUCUCUCCUUUGCCUACCAGGGAUUGCUAGAGAUCCCCUACGAAGUCAUACUAGCCCAGCGAGACACCCUGGAAGUGUUGGACCUCAGCUACAACCUGCUGGAGGACCCAGCUCUCCUGGGUGAACUGGAGAAGCUCAGCACUCUGAUCCUGGACUGCAACAGCUACUCGUCCCACGUCAAGUUCCCCUACAUGCCUAGUGUCACCACCGUGUGGAUCAACAAGAACAAGAUCGGCAACCUGCCCAUCUUCGUUGAGGAAAUCCGAAGCAAGUUCCCCAACAUCAAGAUUCUCAGCAUGAUGAACAAUGAAUCAGCACCCAGCUACUUCAAUGGAGGGAGUCUAGACCAGUACAUAGACUACAGGCAGUAUGUGAUCAGUCAGAUCCCAAGCCUGAAGAUCCUGGAUGACACUGAGGUUUUGGAGAAAGAGAGAGCGCAGGCUAAGAAGACCUAUAGGAUGCAGAGGACCAGGGAAGGCAGCAAAAAGAGGAAGGAACUUCAAAAUUAAACCCUCCAUAACACUGCUCCCUAUCGAACUGAACUUUAUCAAGAUGAGAAAAAUAAUCAUUGUAUAGAUAGAUGACUAGUUCAAGGCAAGUUAGCACAAUUUCAAAUAUAUUUUCAACAUGUUUAUCUAUCAAAAUUAAAAUGGGAUAAUUUCUCUUAUGACUUUAUAGUGUGUUCUAAGCUGACAUAUGGAAUUGUUUUAAGAUGGUCAUACUAUGGAGCAUUUAGCUAUUUGAUUUG